AUGGCACGAUUUCUUGGUCUUCGGGGCACUCGCCUCAGUGUCAUGGCCAUUAUUGGAGUAUUGAUGCCUGGAAUUAUAACGGUUGGCUACAACACCGCUUCACUUGGAGGCGUUUUAUCCUUGCACAGCUUCAACACCACUUUCCCUCAAAUUGAUGUCCACCAUGCAAAAGACAAAGACUCCGCAUCAUCUCUGGAAGGUACUGCCGUGGCCGCUUUCGCGAUUGGCUCUUUCUUGGGAACAUUUGCAUGCAUCUGGCUAGGCGAUUGGCUGGGCCGUCGCCGAACGAUCAUGCUUGGGGCAACAACUCAAAUCAUUGGAUAUAUUUUGAGCACCUCUUCUUUUUCAUUGGUACAACUCAUCGCUGCACGGAUAAUUGUGGGAAUGGGGACUGGUACCCUCCUCGCGACAAUUCCUCUUUGGAUUUCGGAAACAUCACCAGCCAAACAACGUGGCUCUCAUGUUGUGACGAAGGGAAUCUUUACUGGAGUGGGAUGCGCAACUGCUUUGUUUUUGGAAUUCGGAAUGUCCUUCAAGUCACACACCACACUUGCAUGGCGUCUUCCAUUUGCAUUCCCAACUAUCCUGUCUUUCUCCGUACUAUGUUUCAUAUUGCUUCUCCCGGAAUCGCCUCGAUGGUUGAUUCAGAAAGACAGAAUCCCAGAAGCUCGGUAUAUCCUAGCAGCUCUCGCUGAUACAUAUGUUGAGGAUGAAUCCAUCGAAGCUACAGUCAGCGAGGUGCAAGCUUCGCUCAGUUUGACGGGUGGAAACAAGGCAUUCAAGGAAUUAUUCCAGAUGGGGCCCCAAAGAACCUUUCACCGAGCAUCUCUCGCUGUCGGUGGCAUGCUGUUUCUUCAAUUUACCGGAGCCACAGUGACCACUUUUUAUACUACUGCCAUUUUUGAGAGCAACCUUGAUCUUGCACAGUCGACAGCCAGACUCCUAGCAGCUGUGUAUCAACUUGCUGGCCCUCUCGGAGCUAUAUUAUGUGUAUUUCUAAUUGAGGGAGUUGGACGACGCCGUCUGAUGAUGUGCAGCGCCCUCGGCAACAUGAUUUGCUUAGCUUGCAUCGCCGGCCUCGGGUCCCAGGUCGAAGAUAUCAAGGCCUGUCAUGCUGCUGUCUUUUUCCUGUUCCUCUUCCAUUUCUGCUACAUCAUUGGAUUUGGAGGUAUACCAUAUCUAUAUGCCACAGAGGUUGCUCCUCUCCAUCUCCGUGCCACCAUCAAUUCGGUCAGCAUCAGUGUCGGAGGUGCUGUCGGCAUCUUGAUUGCCCAUGUGACUCCACUUGCUUUCAACAAAAUGGGAGAGAAGUACUUCUUCGUAUUUGCAGGCUUGAAUGCCAUUAUUGUACCGUCGGUCUACUUCUUGUUCCCAGAGACAUCAGGACGCACCCUCGAAGAGAUAGACGACAUCUUCACCCUGUCCGAUGGUGUUCUGGAUACAGUUCGUGUGGCACGAACUCUUCCAUGUCUUCCGGCUCACGGAGAAAUCGAAUCACCGAUCGAGUCAAACCCGAAAUUCCAGACAAUCUUGAAAGAGAGGGAGUUUACGGUUUAG